AUGAAGAAUGAAACAACCAACGAGCGACUGACAGCAUUGGAAUCGCGCAUCAGCAUGUCUCCAGUGGAAGUUCUUGUUAAAACUGGCUGGUCGGCGAUGGAGAACAGUGACAGAACGACGCUUAAUCCAAAAGAAGAAUAUGCGAAGAAUCUCUUAAAGAAACUUCAAAGACCGGUUGAUGAAGUGAAGUUGAAAGAUACUUCCGGUAUACUUUUCUGACGCUCGGUUGGGAGGGGAGGGGUGGGUAGAAGACGGUACUUCCUUGCAUAAACUGUAUAAGGAUGCAUGGGGCCAAUUUUUUAAACGUUUUCUUUUUAAAGUUUUGUGCUGCUGGAACCAGGGCUUGGAAUUUGGUAAGUUCUCUAUGAUAGGCCCGAGGGUCUGAAAUAGGGUCACUGGACGUUCCCCACCAGAUAAGCUUACCAUAUUAUAUGUGGGCGAGUUGAGUGACCUUGUAUUGAAAUCUCAAAAUUGAUUUUGGUUUACAUAUACAUUGUACUGUAAGCAACCCCAAACGGAUACUAUGAUAAUAAAGGACAGGGCUAAAGCAACAACAACAAGGUCGCAACUCAAAACAGCCUUGACCAGCCGCUGAGCUUAGGGACGGACCAUUAGAAAAGUUAUAGGGCGGGGGGGUUAGAGGUGAGGAAUUUUCGAGCCGCAGGAAUUUUUUUUUCGUUAUCAAAUUCCUUGUAUGAAUUUUUUUAGGCCUUACCAUGGCUAUUUUUCCGGAUUAAUCGGCGUACAUGAAUUUUUUUCCUUAGUUUUUCCUUCUGCGAAUAUUUUUUUUGGGCUUCGCCCCCUCCCCCACCCCCCGAUAAGUCAGUUCUAAUGGUCCGUCCCUUACCGAAGCAAACCCUAUGUUGCCACUGGUUACGAAAUUAAUCCAUCAGAGACUCAUGAUUUUUGGGUCAGCAACCCAAAUAACAGAGUCAAGAUACGCAAGUCAUCAAAAUACGCACUAAUAUAGUUCAAUGUUUUAUUGUCAUCCCCGUAGAAAUGAAUUCCCCCUUAGCAUUAGAGGAGUCAGGGGAAUCAAGAACAAAAGCAAAGCCAAGAAACCGGAGACAAGUGUUGAACGCCACUUCAGCUGGCAUCAGUAUACAUGACGUGCGAAAAGAAAUCAGCAAACAGUUUGAACAACUAAUGCCCACCAAGUACUGUAAGUCAAGGAGAAGGUAUGUCCUAUAG